AUAUAAACAUCCGGUCUGUCGAGAACAAGGUCGACAUCGGUUCCUGAUAGGCCAGGGCCCCGUAACACAAAGGCUAGCGAUUAAUGGCUAAUAUUAAAGAACAAUUCUGAUUGGUUCCUACUAAGUCUACUGAGCGAAAUUUGCCUGCAACCAUGGUCUUCAUAGGCAAGUUCAUUUAGUGAUUGAUUGCCAUCUUUUUUUGUUUUACGGGGCCUAGGAAGUGCCUAAACACCUACCUUUUCCUUCCUGCAGUGGCAAUAUGGAACUAUUUCUUUUGAAAAGUCACAUAAUUGGUUCAGCGCAUCUACACUGUGUUGUUUGUCGAAAUUCUCAUUCGAUGAAAAAAGACAAAGGUAUGUUAAGUGGAGACAAAUUCUUAACCCUUAAGGUUGGUGUUCGGUGACGUAUCUUUCGAAAUUCCCAUCGUUUAAAGUCUCGGUUUCAGACUCGGAUGUCCUAUCUGCACAGUGAACUUGAUAAGACCAGGUUUCCCUUUUCGAUAAACCUGAUAACUAAUUAAGAUGAAUAUAAGUGGAGCAGCCAUCUUCCAUAUCUUCCUCAAUAUGAUGGGAUAUUUGCUUGCCCAAGGAAAAACCGGUCCAGAGCCAUUUGAUAUUCAACUAUCCUAUGGUACGACCCCAUACGAAGGCGUUGUGGAGAUUUUCAUCAAUGGUGAGUGGACGGCUAUCUGCGAUGACUCCAUGGACUUCAAGACAGCUAACGUUCUUUGCCGGAUGCUCGGGCAUGGGUCCGCCAUCAACUACCACUGUUGCGGAGAACUAGGGACUGGAUGGGGCGAUUAUGUGCUAGACCCUGUCCGUUGCGAGGGCCACGAAAGCAGCAUUAAAGAGUGUUACUAUUCGGUCAAAGAGCACUAUUAUGACGAAUCUAUGAUAUCAACUGAUUUCUGUGCCCACGAGGAGGAUGUAGGGCUUACAUGCAAUCCAGCACAGGUACGAUUGAAAGGCGGAUCAUACGGUCCAACGAUGCAUGAGGGGAAGGUUGAGAUCCUUCGCGAUAAGGAAUGGUUGGCCAUCUAUGCAGAGUCCAUGGAUUUCAAUCUCGCCGUCCUACUGUGUCGAAUGCUGGACUACUUUACGGCCAAAGGCUUUCGCGAACACGAGCGAACUGGGCAUCACAAAGAUGACGUCGUCAACGGCUCGUUCAAAUGCACGGGGGAAGAGAUGCACUUCAACGACUGUCCGUUUUCCAGUGGCGGAUUGGAUCACAUUACCAAUAGGAACCGUGUUGCGUGGCUCACCUGUCUCUCUUUGCCAGUCAAGAUUCUUACCUCAUCAAGGCGACAACAGGGGCUUGUGCAGGUAUACUACGGCACCGCGUGGGGCAAAAUAGCCUUCAACUCGUGGAGCAUGAAUGAAGCCAACGUGGUCUGUCGCAUGCUGGGCCAUGAUGGGGCCUCGGAAGCCACACGCGUCGAGGCCAGGUCGAUGUAUGACUCCGUGGUUCUGGAGUGGGUUCAGUGUAAUGGCACAGAGAUUAACCUUGCGCAUUGUAACAUGUCUGAGUUUGUGAACAGAGAUGCCGGGGAUGAUUUAUACUUUGCUGGUGCUACCUGUAUUGGAGAACCUUCCAAACCUUUCCGACUCGCCGGAGGUCGUGAUCCUAGCGAAGGCAGGCUGGAAUUUUUUCAAUACGGCUAUUGGGGAACCAUGUGCGCAGUCGACUUCAACCGCUUACAGCAAUACAGCAUGAACUCUGCUCGCCUAAUCUGUCGCAAGUUAGGCUACCCGGACGCACUGGAAUCGCAUUGCUGCGCACACUUUGGGCCCGGCGUAGGGGGCAUUUACAUUGGAUUGCCAGCCUGCAGUGUCAAGGAUACAAAUAUAUUGGCAUGUCCUAUAUGGUAUGAUAUCACAGGCAGGUGCAAUCACUUCCACGACUUCGGGGUCACUUGUCAGAAGAACCUUGAUCUGGAAGUCCGACUUGUUGGUGGUAAAGACCGCAGUGAGGGUCGUGUUGAAGUUCUCUACGAAGGUGCAUGGGGGACAAUUUGUGAUGACAACUGGGACCAAAACGACGCCAACGUUGUGUGCCGCAUGCUAGGGUAUGAAAGAGCAGAUGGUUACUCCUGCUGUUCGGGUUAUGGAGAGGGUGCCGGAGACAUUGUUUUCGAUGAUGUUGAAUGUAACGGAUCAGAGGCCAAUAUUGGACACUGUCCAAGGAACAAACUUCGAUCACAUGACUGUACCCAUGCUGAAGAUGUUGGUGUGAAGUGUUUCGGCAAGGGUCCAGAACUUGGCUCGACGACUACAGCUGACGUUCAUCUCCCUUCCAAUCUUGAUGAAAAUGAUAGGACCAAUUACAACAAAUGGCAGCUCUCACCUAACAAGACACUCGGUCUGAUAAUCACCUUGAUCAUAAUGUUUUUGAUCGUUAACAUUGCAAUCGUAGUCCUCUCCAUUAGGAUACACCAAUACAGAAGACGAAACACUCGUACGUAUUAGAUGGUCUUGGCAGUAACGGUCCUCGUGAUGAGGAUCGAAUUUCGGAUCCGAGUAUCU